AUGAUUAGUAUUCCCGAAACCAAACCGGUUCGUGCGAAUCAUAGCCCCGACGUGGGUGCAUGUGGUGCCACCAAGACGACUGACAACAUUCUGACUAAAGUUCGAACAGAUACAGCGUUGACAGGCUUGCUGUGCUGGUACGGCGGUACGAGCUACUUGUCGCCUCGAGAACCAAAGGUCAAGAAAAUACUAGUGAGAUAAGGAGCACCAGUCAGCAUAAUUCAUUCAUGCAUACAGGUGGACCGGAACUUACAUUGGAGCGCAACCAUAAUAUAAGCAGAUACGCAGUAAUUUUGUCAGCGUGUGGGGCACGGAAGAUUGCGAGCGGAAUAAAAUGAAAUUUAAAAAAAGUGGCCACUCACCAAGCUAUGUGGAUCAAUGCGCCAUCCCUACCCACCUUACCCCCGUAUACUCCACCACUGCUUGUGAUAGAUCCAAUAUUUUUCCGAGUUCACGGUUUGGCGUUUUGC